AUGAAGAUCGACCUUUGGAUGAACUGGAGCGUCGCUCGGACACAAAGCAACACGCAAUUGGCUACGUUCAAGUCGGAUCUGGUGGAAUGUGUAAGGGCCCAAGAGCAGGAGGUCAGAGCGCAGUUGGGGUAUAUGCUGACGGACUGGCUACUUCUAUCAGGGAGUUGGAUCACGGGUCCGACCUUCAUUGGACGAUCCGGGGAUCGAAUUCAGGAAUCAGGGUCUGGGCGAUCCACUGCACGGUCAGCAGUACUGGUGACCAUUCGCCCUGUGGGCAAACGCAAUGGGAGGACCACACUGGAAGAACGAGUACCCACUACAAACUCCACUGGCUGGGAGAUGAGACGCUGUAACGAGCACAGAACACUUUCUUUUGAUGACACAACCGUAGCUGUUGAUUUCUUCUUGAUAAUCGCCACGUUCUUUUGUACUUAG